CUGGCUUCUGCUACAGAGUUUUGAGAAGCAGCCACGACACCAAUUUUGUCUAUGCGGAUAAAAUAGCAGACACGUCCCCUUCAUUCUCCCCUCUUUUGCAUGUUCACUCCGCCAAUAAACACACUCACCGAGUAAUGCAUCGACCAAACUUUUAAUUUCCCAAUCACAGACUUUGUAAUACUGCAAAAAUAAAGAAAAAUCUCAAACAACGAUGCGAUUCUUAUCGCGGAGAAUUGGGACUGUUACUGCUAAUGGAGAUGGAUGGAUUUUGAUGUUAGGUUUAGGCAAAAGAGGUAUUGCGACGAGCUGUAGAGCUGUGUUGUGUCCGCGAUUUGGUGGGCCCGAGGUGCUUGAGUUUCAUCAAAAUGUAGCUCUUCCUGAUCUAAAACCUAAUCAAGUGCUUGUUCGUGCUCGCGCUGUCUCCAUCAAUCCCCUUGAUACCAGAAUGAGAGCGGGAUAUGGACGUUCAAUUUUCGAGCCACUUUUGCCAUUGAUUUUGGGCCGAGAUAUAAGUGGUGAAGUGGCAGCUGUUGGAAAUUCUGUUAAGUCGCUUACCGUUGGGCAGGAGGUAUUCGGUGCUCUGCACCCAACCGCUGUGAGGGGUACUUAUACUGACUACGCUAUUCUUGCAGAAGAUGAACUUGCUCCGAAGCCAGAAUCCCUUUCACAUGUGGAAGCCAGUGCCAUCCCAUUUGCUGCCCUAACUGCUUGGCGUGCGUUAAAAAGUACUGCCAGAAUAAGAGAGGGGCAUAGGGUAUUGGUCAUAGGUGGUGGAGGAGCAGUAGGUUUCUCUGCAAUUCAGCUUGCAGUUGCUGCAGGCUGCCAUGUCUCUUCAACGUGCGGAGAAAGUACAAGUAUAAGUCGCAUUUUGGCAGCCGGUGCGGAGCAGGCUGUUGACUAUACCACUGAGGAUUGUGAAAUAGCACUUAAGGGGCAUUUUGAUGCUGUCUUGGAUACAAUUGGUGUGCCAGAGACGGAGAGAAUAGGUAUAAAUCUUUUAAAGAGAGGAGGACACUACAUGACGUUACAGGGGGAGGCUGCUUCAUUCACUGAUAGGUACGGACUGGCUAUUGGUCUUCCUCUAGCAACAGCCAUCUUGCUGAAGAAGCAAAUCCAAUACCGAUAUUCUCAUGGAAUAGGUACAUGAGAUCUUCAGAAUGUU